AUGACGGAAACUUCAAACGCUGCUUUACAACUUGAAGAAAUAGAAGCUCUCCGUGCAAUCUACGGCAAGCAGUGGGAAUACGAUGGAAACAAAACCCUCACUUUUAUUGCAGACAUCGAAGACAGCAAAAGUAUUGUGUUAACGGUUCGUCUUGGCGACAAUUAUCCUUUGACGGAGCCACCGUAUUUCGAGAUCAGUUCUCCGUACCUUGGCAAGACCGAGAAAGAAGAGAUCACUGGUAAGUUGCAGGACGAAUACAUGAACAACUUGGGUGCUCCGGUUCUUUAUCAGUGGUCAGAAAUACUGAGGCAUUAUGCUAACGAUCUGAGAAAAGCUACGCUAAAGCCGCACAGUUCCUCUAGUGUUGAAAUCCCUAAAGGCCGAAGCGUAACUGAUCUCUGCGUUGAAGAGAGUUACACCGCCCGCUGCGAACCGCCAGUUAUCCACACCGGAGAGCCGCUUACCGAUCGGAAAAGCACGUUUCAGGCUAGUGUCUGUCCUGUAAAAUCCCGAGCAGAAGUUCAGAGGGCACUGGAAACACUGAAGUCAGAUAAAAAGGUCUCCCGAGCUACCCACAACAUGUACGCCUACCGAAUAACGUUGGACGGUAAACGUUUCAUUCAAGACUGUGACGACGACGGAGAACACCACGCUGGCUCACGGCUGUUGCAUUUGUUGGAAAUCACCGACGCCCGGAACGUUUUGGUGGUCGUUUCACGCUGGUACGGAGGGGUGCAGCUAGGCGCCGACCGCUUCAAACACAUUAACAACGUUGCCAGAACUUUACUGGAAAGCUGUGGUUAUAUUAAAUAUAGGAAUAAAUAA